AGCAGGCGUAGGGGGAGAUCAUGAGCCGGGAGGUUUAGCUCAUGGGACGAGGAGUAGGGGGGGGCGACUCUGUGCAACUUGUUGGACGGGACUUGAUGCUGGCAUUCAAACAGAAGCCCAUUGAGAAACUGAUCAAAAGGCCACCAGGGAAACAAAGGAGGACACGCUGAAGAUUCACCUGGUUUUCGGCACAGAAGGUCCACGGAGGGAAAUGAUUACAAGAGGCUGAAAAGUCAAGAGAACGUCGGGAAUAAGAAGAGGGAAAGCAGGGCCGUCACUUCCAGGAGACGAGGCAAGAGAGCUGCUAAUGCAACAUGAUCCAGCUGGUCUUGCCCUAAAAAUACCUCUGGGCAGGAAGAGUGGUAGCUAUCUCUAUCUGCCUAAUUACCUGGCCCAAUACCCACAUCCACACUCACAGAUCCCAUUGCAGGAUCCACCUAAAUCAGAUAAACCAUGAGAAAAGCUGAGGUGCAAAUGACCCUGAAAAAGGGGGCAGGCGAAGCAGCGCCGGCCCGUAGCCCCACCAUCCCGCCGAAGCGGUCCAAAGUGAGCCUGGAGAAAGUGGUCCCGGAGCUUCCAGGACCCGGUCACGCCACCCCGACUGCGCCCGUUUUCGCACGCAAAAUGAGGAACGCCGCCGUGGGGACGGGCUGCGACAUCCGUCUGAAGGUGACUGUGGCUGGAGACCCCCAGCCCUCCCUGUACUGGUACCACAACGAUGAGCUCCUCAACAUGGACAACCAGGAGUACGGAGGGCUGUGGAUUAGGGAUUGCAAACCCAGCGACGCCGGGCUCUACACCUGCAUCGCCAACAAUCACAUGGGUGAAGCUCGGAGCAGCGCCGUGCUGGCCGUCUUGGAUCUGGGGGAAGAUUCCGAAACAACAGAUGAUGAAGGUGGACAAUAUGAGACUAAAGAAGAUGGUGGAGAGUUUGAAGACCAGAAUGUGCAUAGAGAUGCAGUGAUGGACACAUGGGCUGCAGAUGACAAUAGAACACGUGGACAUGAGGAUCACUCAAACACAACCAGGAGCCCGUCGGAGAACUUUUCAAGAGAAUCUCCACCACAAGCCCUCCCACCCCCAUCCCCGAGACUCGUCAAACGUCCCUCCACCUCCCCGAUGCCUGGUCGCUCUGGCUCAACUACACCUCUCAGUUUUCGGAAAAAAAACGUUGUGCCAUCUGACUACCAAGACACAGUGCCUGGGGAGUUUGAAGAAAAGGUGAAGCAGCCAAAACCCGGCAGCCAAGGUAACACCCAGGACUCACGACCACAGACUCCACUUAGCGAAUACUCCCGGAAAGAAUUUACCCCCAGACCGUCCCCGAAACUUACCAGGGCGAGCUCAAAAGUUUUUGAGAAGGUUCGUGGAUUAGAGGAGCGGAGACGAAGCCUUGAUAUUCCAGAAGGUUCCAUCUCGGGAGGAUCCUGGGCAGGGUUCAAUCGUGCUGGAUCGGUAGAUUCCGAUGAUGGAGGAAGCCGGCUGGGCAUCUCUCGCGAAAGUUCAAGGGAAGACCUAAGGGAAGCUUUAAAAGAGGAUGCCGCUGAACGAAGAUCUAUGUUUAGACAGAGAGCUGCUUCACUGGAGGAGAAACCUCGCUACUCCCAAAAAGUUCAAGACAUUGAGAACAAGUUCACAGAGGAGCUCCAGCGCAUCAAGAAGCUCGUUGGUAGGCCUCACAUGAAGAAGUCAUUUUCAACUGAACAGCUCACUGUUAAGAAAAAGCAGCGCCUGCCUUUAACGAAAAUAGAACCUAUCCCUCCACAAGUCCUUCAAAAGCUCCAAGAAAGGGAACGUGCCCAUUGGGCAAAAGAACAGAAAGAAAAGGGUUAUAAUCAGCAACCAAUGCAGCAACAGCAGCAAACACAGGAAGACCAGUACAAGUUGCAACCCAAAAUGACAGCAAGCACUGGUUCAACGGCUGUAACGGCCAGUAGAUUUGGAGAAGUUGAAGGUACCCCAGAGUCCAUGCAGUUAUCCGACUUGCCGGGACAACGAUCAGUGAGAGAAUUAAGCAGGGUCAGUCCAGUGACGGAGGUUGUUCAGAGAUCAUCAUCACCUGCAUUAUACCACCAGCAAAGGGAAGAUUCGCCCAGCAGAAAUGUUGCUGAGAUGACAUUACGCAAGGUUGAACGAAGGCCACCAAGUCCACUUGUGCAAAGGGUGUCCCGAAUGCAAGAAUCCCCUCACGUCCAGGAAUCUCUUUUGCAAGCAUUACAAAAGGAUGAGACCUCGGGAAGAAAGACGCCAAUAGAAUUAGCGUUAAGAAAAAUAGAAAACAGACCCGAAAGUCCACUGGUACAAAAAAAGGUAGUCAUUGUGCAAGAUGCUGCUCCUCAACCGCCCUCCAAACCCCAGAGGAUGUCACCCAUCGCCCCAACAGAGGAGAAAAUAGAAGUGGAUCUGUUUAGACCGGCCUCUAAAAUAAGAAUCCCUGAGAUUAUCGUUGAAGAUGAAAAGAUGGACGAGGACGUUCACGUGAAAACAAGUGAGCCUCGGCAGGUAACUGGUAGUGCCAAAGAGGGACGGCAGCUGAAGACCAAGGGAAAGAACCGUCGGCCUCGACCCAUGUCUCCAGAGUUAGACUCGUCCGAUGAUUCUUAUGUUUCUGCCGAAGAAGAUCCACUGGAGGCCCCUGUAUUUGAGUUUCCCCUGCAGGACACUGUAGCAUUGGCUGGCGCAGACGUGCCGCUGAAAUGCAUCAUUGGCGGCACCCCAAUUCCUGAAGUUACCUGGAUGAGAGAAAACACAGAAAUAACUGACAAUCCAAAUUACACUGUCAAAGUGGAGGGCGAACGCCAUACUCUGCUCGUCAAAUCAGCAAGAGUAAAUGAUGGUGGAAAAUACUGCGUAACCGCUGUUAACCAGGUGGGGAGGGCGUCCAGCUGUGCCACUCUUAUAGUCAAAGCAGAUUGUGUGCAGGAGCCAAAAGGGAACCUGAGUGUCCCCAGGGAUAUCAGCAGCCCAAUUACCUCUGAUGAGGAGUAUCUCAGUCCUGUGGAGGAGUGCAUGGAUUUUGGAGGGCCUGAGCAAUCUGUCGACACACGAUUCAGGAAACCCCCAGCAUUUCUAGUAACAAUGAGUGAUCAAGUGGUCAUUGAAGGACAGGAAGUCACCAUGUCCGUCAGAAUAAGUGGACAACCCAAACCCUUGCUCUAUUGGCUGAGGGACAGAGUAACGGUGAAAUCCGGCCCACGCCACGUUGUACGAGAAACAGAAGACGCCACUUGUGAAAUGACCAUCAAGUCAGCAUUGCGGUCGGACUCUGGGAUUUACACCUGUAAGAUCAUUAAUGAGUAUGGGACAAAGCAGUGUGAAGGAAAGUUGGAGGUAAAAGCUCCACCAGUUGAGCCGGGCCUGGCCGUCAUCCGCCCGGUCAGGGACCUCACAGCCAACGCAGGCGAGACGGUCCUGUUCGAGUGUCACGUCGUCGGACCCAAGGACACCGAUGUGGACUGGCUCGCUGACGGGAAACUGAUCCAGCCGGCGUUGCUCAACUGUAAAAUGCACUUCGAUGGAAGGAAGUGCCGGCUGCUUCUCAACUCCGUGCACGAGGACGACAGCGGGACAUACGUGUGCAAGCUGAGCACAGCUAAAGAGGAAGUGACUUCCUGCGGCAAACUCAAAGUCAUCCCAUCAAUUGAGCCUCUCUUCACUCGCAAGCUGGACGUCCUGGAGGUGAUUGAGGGGCGUAACGCUCGUUUUGACUGCAAAGUCAGUGGGACGCCAUCUCCCAAGGUCGUCUGGAGCCACUUUGACCAUCCACUUGUAGAAAGUGAGGACAUCCGUGUUCUCCAGGAGGGCGGCCGACACUCUCUUUUCAUUUCUCAUGUGACCAAUGAGGAUGAAGGAUUUUACACCGUCACGGCCCACAACAGUCACGGCGACGCAGAGAGCUCCGCCGAACUUUACAUUCAAGAACCACGGCCGGCCAUCUCCUCGCAGAUGGCUAAACUAGAGAAAAUGCCAUCGAUCCCGGAGGAGCCAGAGGUUCCGGAGAACGAGGUGGAGCGUUUCACGAUGCCCGACUUCAUCAAACCCCUUUACGACCUGGAUGUGAUCGAGGGCAAGGAGGCGGUGCUGAAGUGUAAAGUGGCGGGCCUGCCGUACCCCACCAUCGUCUGGUUCCACAACGGCAAACGGAUAGAGAGCACCGAGGACAGAAAGAUGACACAGUUUCGUGACAUCCACAGUCUGGUCAUCCGCUCCGUGUGCCAUGCGCAUGGUGGCGUCUACAAGAGUGUCAUCUCUAACAAAGUCGGCAAGGCCACCUGUUACGCUCAUCUCUAUGUUACAGAUAUCCUCCCGGAUCCUCCUGAUGGAUGUCCAGUGAUAGAAUCUGUCACUGGUAAAACCAUCACUUUAAGCUGGAAGAAACCAAGGAGGCUUGACCCUUCCAUUGAUCCCAGCUCCCUGAUGUAUGCCGUCCAGCAACAAGCCCUGGGCUCCAUCCAGUGGACCAUCAUAGCUUCUGGCCUGAAGGAAACCAGCUACACCAUCACCACCCUCUCCAAAAGCGUGCGCUACGCUUUCAGGGUCCUGACCAUCACCUCCAAAGCCUUCAGCAAGCCCUCACCGACCACCGACCCAGUGCAGCUCCUGGAUCGAGGUCCAUAUCUCCAGGAGGCUCCAGUGAUUAUUGAUAAGCCAGAUACUGUACAUGUGAUGGAUAACCAGUCAGUCACCAUCACUGUCACCCUCAAUCAUGUCAACGCUGCCGUCCUCUGGAAGAGGAGAGGAGUGGUCCUCUCCAGCAAGCCCGGCUUGUACGAGAUGACGAUGCCAGACGAUGAUCAGCACACGCUGAAGUUGCUCAAGGUAAAGAGUGCUGACAUCGGAGAGAUGGAGUUUAUGGCAUCCAACAAGUUUGGCAGCGACAGCGGCACCUUCAACGUGGAGAUGGCUGCUCCGCCAACGUUUGAAACUAUCAUGGAGGACUUGGACGUUUGUGCAGGAGAGACCCCGUGCUUUGCUGUGGUCGUGGAGGGCAAGCCUAUUCCCGACAUCCUAUGGUUCAAGAACGACACCCUGCUGUCAGAGAGCAGUCACUUCACAUUUGUGUAUGAUGAUAAUGAAUGCUCCCUGGUGGUCCUAAACGCUCGCCCAGAAGACUCCGGGGUUUACACCUGCACUGCCAGGAACUUGGCAGGAUCUGUGUCCUGUAAAGCUGAACUCACUAUUCAUGCAGCCAAACGUAAGGUAGAUCCAAUGGAUGACGAGGAGACUAUUCGAAGGAAGAUGCGCAGGCUGACUGACAACUAUGACAUUCACAAGGAAAUUGGAAGGGGGGCUUUUUCCUACGUCAAACGUGUGACCCAGAAGGUUGGCAAAAUGGAUUAUGCUGCAAAGUUCAUCUCCGCACGGGCCAAGCAGAAGCUGACUGCCCGCAGAGAGAUCAACCUGCUCUCCAAGCUGGACCACGAGAGGAUCCUUUUCUUUCAGGACGCCUUUGAGAAAAAGAAUACCGUCAUCCUCAUCACUGAAUUAUGCCACGAGGAGCUUCUUGACAGAUUUACAAGGAAAUCUACAGUUAUGGAGUCUGAGGUACGCUCAUGUAUAAGACAACUGCUUGAGGGCGUGGACUAUCUUCAUCAUCAAAACAUUAUACACCUUGACAUUAAGCCUGAUAACAUCCUCAUGGCAGACUCCCACAGUGAUCAGAUACGAAUCUGUGACUUCGGCAACGCGGUGCAGAUCACACCCGACGAGGCUCAAUACUGCAAAUAUGGCACACCAGAAUUUGUUCCACCAGAAAUUGUCAAUCAGACUCCUGUGUCAAAAGCUACGGACAUCUGGUCAAUUGGAGUCAUCGCAUAUCUGUGUCUGACAGGAGUUUCUCCGUUUGCUGGAGAAAAUGACCGCAGCUCCGUGAUGAACAUCCGGAACUAUAAUGUGGCCUUUGAGGAGAGCAUGUUCGCUGACCUUUGCCGAGAGGCUAAAGGGUUCAUCAUAAAGCUGCUGGUAGCCGACAGGCUGAGACCUGAUACUCAAGGAUGUCUUCGUCACCCCUGGUUCAAGACACUUAGCAAGGGGAAGGCCCUAAGCACAGAGUGCCUGAAGAAGUUUGUGUCUCGCAGAAAAUGGCAGCGUUCCCUAAUCAGCUACAAAUCAAAAAUGGUCAUGAGGUCCAUACCAGAGUUGCUCAACGAUUCCUCCAGUCAUAUCUCCAUUGCCGUUCCCAGGCACCUUAAAGAGGGUUCACCUUUGCCAUCAUCCUCUUCUGAUUCGGAUGAAGACAUUAAUGAACUGCCGUUCAUUCCAAUGCCGCUUAACAUGGAAUUUUCUGGAUCCCGGGUGUCACUCAAUGACAUCCAGACAAGUGAGCAGGAAACAGGAAAGCAGGAUGGAACAAGCAAAUGGUCUGUGCCUCCUGUUCAGGCCCCGGAGGCGAUGGAGUGUGACUCUAAAGAAAUUGAUAAAGAAGGGGUUGAAUUGACGCCUAAAGGCCGCAUGCGGAAAAGGUUGUCGCAGGACCACGACAGGGGAUCCCUGGAUGAAGAAUCAGCAGCCGAAUUGCCACAAAAGUCCCAGCUGAGAAAACCCCUGCGAAGGGGUUCAAGCAUUGAGUCAGACAAACCAGAGGGUGGACGGCGGAGAGGAGAGCUUAGACGCGGAGGCUCUGCGGACAGCGCACUGCUACUGCGGAUCACGCCCGAGGAAGGAGCAGAAGGAAAUCAGGAGGAUGGGAAGAGAGUUCUGAAGAAAGCCGUCUCCAUGGAACUGCCAAGAAGGAGCACCAGCCCAGGUACUGCCAAGAUGAGUCAAGAAGACUACGCUCUUAAACUGGAGCUGAUGCGACAGCGACUGCUUCGUGGUGGCUCUGUGGACAACAAGAUGAGUGGGCUGAGGGGACCUUUGUUGGAAACAUUAGGAAUGGGAGAUGAAAAACGCUUCUCUCGUACUACUCGUUUGGGCCCACCCCCACUUAUUAGAGCUGCAUCCAGCGAUUCUGCAGUGGAGGAAGACCCAAAACCCAAAGUUUUGCGCAAAACUGCUUCUUUCAGUCAAGGUGAUUCAGAACCUAUAGCUUUGCACCGCCGUUCAGGAGCUCCCUUGGAGAUUCCCCUGGCACAGGUAGAAGAGAGAAGGCUCAAGGAGGCCAUAUCUAUGUCGGCUCUUACUGAGCAAAUCAAGCUGGACUCCCGUCCAGUGAGUCCCAGGGAACCUUCGCCAAAACCAGCGACACAAGAGUCUGUGCAGCGAGGUCAAACCAAAGCAGAAAGCGAGGAAUCAUUAAUGGAGAAAGAGAUACAGCCGGAUGAGACAAUGAAUGAAAAGAUGGAAGGGCAGAAUACAGAUAGUAAUUUUGAUGAGAGAUCGAGCACAAGUGGUUUCUCAGAGAAGGAUAUGAGCAUAUCAGAGGAAGCAAUGAAUGAAUCGGAGUAUACAGGCCAGAGAAUUCCUACACCACCUCUUGUGGUGCAAAGCUCUGAAGUAGAAGAGAAGAUGCUGGAAGAUGAAGGACAUGAGAAAGAAGAAAAAGAACAGAUUAUGAAAGAAGAAGAGGAAAUAAUUGUCAAUGAUGAUGAAUCAAAUGCUGAAGGACACGUCAAUGUCUCUGAAAAAAGUGCAGAAAAAGAAAUAACUGCUAAAUCUUCCGAUAUGGUCAUAACCAAAAGCUCAGUUAUGAUGAGACCAACACAAGAAUAUUCCCGCCCAUCAACAAAUGUGGUGUCAACUUAUGUAACACCUUCGCCGCCUGCUAAAGUUGUUCUUCCAGAUGGAAGGACUUCAGCAUACGCAAGUAUUAUGCAGACCAUAAUGGUCCCUGCAGUUCAGCCUCUGAGUGACCAACCUUUAGGGCCCUCUACACCCGUUGUUGCUCCAGCCGACUCAUCCCCCUCAGUAUCAACCGAAACAUUUGCACACGCCAGCAUGUCCUCCGCUUUACGUGGUCCACCAAAGCCGUCCAUCUUGUCGACCAAUGAGCACCCUGCUGUAUACUCUAGGGUAGCGUCGCCGGAAAUGAUGACAAAGGAACCGAGUCCACCACAGCCUGCCACACAUUCCUCAUCCCAACAAGAGCCCCCAGCAGGAGUUGACUUUGAGGACAUUUCCUCUGAGGAGGUCUUUGAGGCCCGCUUCAAAAAACGUGAGUCUUCACUCACAAGAAGUCUUAAAUUUCUGUCACGAUCAAAGAAUGAAGACAAACCACAAGCGGCCUCAUUAGAUCCAACAGAGUCCGGUGAAGACAUAUACAGACCUGGGCCAAUUGGUGCGCCAUUGCAAUUGGCACCAAGAAGACUUGAGGAGAAGUCAAAGUCAGUCCAGGAUCUUCGUGAAGCUCAAAAGGACCAAGGCUUUAUGCGAAGGCUCUCAAUGCGCCUGAAGAGAGCUCCGUCCACUGAACGCAAGGACGAAACGACCAAAGAGGAAGACAGCGUUAGUUCUAGACGUAGACUGUCCUGGACUCUUGGCCGUAAAGGGUCACAGGACAAGAAGGAAGUGGAAGUGGAUGGUGGAGGUAACACAUUGGUGGGACAAGAUGAAAAGGAGCUUAAGAAACCUAAUGAAUCACCAGUCUUAGCGAUGCGCAGAAAGAUCGAAUCUACAGUGGCUGGGAUCUCCACAAGAAUUCGCAGCUACUCAGAGGAGAGGAAAGCAUCGGAGGACCGGGAAACCAAGAAGACACCCAUUUUUUCAAUGCUUCGUCGUGCGACAUCAGAGAGUCGUGCUACGAAGGCUGCAGUUUCACAGAACCAGCUGGCAUCUCAGGCCAGUAAUGGGGCCUCAUCAGAGUCUCUAGACUCCAUGUCCAGCCUAAAGUCAGACACAUCAAAGGUUGUGGAGAGUGAGCGCAGAUCUCGCUGGGAUCGAUGGGGCCUAACCAGAGGGAGGCGAGACAAGACGGUGUCACAGCCUGACAUACCAACCGCAAUCUCCAGGGAAAAUAGUUCCCUACGUUCACGCCAGUACUCCAGAUUGGCUUCAGAUUUCCCUCCAGUAUUCCACAUCAAGCUGAGAGAUCACGUCCUGCUGGAGGGGGAUCCAGUCACCCUCAGCUGUCUGCCAGCAGGCAGCCCCCACCCACACAUCACCUGGAUGAAAAAUAAGAAGCCCCUGGAGAUUGAUGCCAGAAUGAACAUGAUCGCCUGUCCCGAUGGCCGGCAGCUACUGAUGAUCAUGCAGACCACCAAAAAGGAUGCAGGGGUCUAUGAAUGUGUUGCUACAAGCCCCCUGGCCACAGUGUCCAGCUGUUGCACAAUAUCUCUUGCUCGUCUGCCUAACCGUCCUGGGACCCCGGAAAUACCCCAGAAGCACAACAACACAGCCCUGGUACUGUGGAGGCCCUCAGACACUAUGGCUCCCUGCACAUAUUCUUUGGAGAGGAGAGCAGAGGGUGAGACCAACUGGUUGAUCAUGGCCACGGGGGUGGCAGACUGUUAUUACAAUGUUGCCGACCUGCCGGCUGGGGGCUCCUUCAGGUUCAGGGUGGCAUGCGUCAACAAAGCUGGACAGGGCCCCUACAGCAACCUGUCAGAGGUAGUGAGACUGAGUGCUUCAGAACCAGCUAAAUCCAGCGCUCCCGUGGUGGUGAAGACUGUACCGGCCCCUGCCGCUCCCCUGCCUGUGGUGAUGAUGUCGUCGAUGAAAGUGCCUCCCAUUAAACCAGCUCCAAGUAAAUCCACUACCGCGACACCUGUCCCGCCUCCGUCUUCGGGUCCGGCUACGUCCGUGGCUCACCCUGCUCCCUUGGUGACCCUUAGACCGACCAUGCAGGCGGAGGCGAACCGUCCUGCCGUUGCUCCGGCCGUUAGCACGGCUGCCUCGGAACCGUCUCUCGCCCAGACAUCGGCAGCUGCGGUCCAAGCCCCGGUCGCCAAAGCCAAGUCCACCCUGAGCAUCAGCGUUGGCAGACCCCAAAUAAAAUUGGCGCUUCCCCCCAUUGUCCCACCCAAGCCUAAAAGUCCUGUAAAUUCAGUCCUUCAAAUAGCCAACAAAUCCCUUUCUCCCACACCGGCACCGGCACCUGCCAUUGGUAAACCUAUUUCGUCCGUUCCAAUGUAUGUGCAGGCCCCCACCCCGGGGGUUACUCCACCUUCCCAAAUGAGUUCCACCCCACCAACCACCACCCUUUCAGUCCCUCCUGUGAGUACCCCGGUGUCCACGGCCGCCCCGCCGCCCGUGGUAGUGGUGCAGAGCCUGACGCCGCUGCUGCAGCUAGGGGACAGUCGGGGCACCCCCUCCGGAAGGGUCACUCCGUCAGGGCGGGUCACCCCCACAGGGCGGGCUACACCUUCGGGACGCAGGACGCCGCUGGGAAAGCCCGGAGACGGAUCUCUGCGCCAGGGAGUCCCACAGAAGCCUUACACCUUCAUGGAUGAGAAAGCGAGGGGUCGGUUUGGUGUGAUCCGUGAGUGCCGGGAAAACGCCACGGGCAACCUCUUCAUGGCCAAGAUCGUUCCCUACGAGGCGGACAGCAAGCAGACAGUGCUGCAGGAGUACGACAUCCUCAAAUCGCUCCACCAUGACAGGGUCAUGGGCCUGCAUGAAGCCUACGUCACCCCGCGCUACCUGGUGCUCAUCUCUGAGUACUGCAGUGGAAAGGAGCUGCUCUUCAGCCUCAUAGACAGGUUCCGUUACUCGGAGGAUGAUGUGGUGACGUACAUUGUGCAGAUCCUACAGGGCCUGGAAUACCUCCACACCCGACGCAUCCUCCACCUGGACAUCAAGCCGGAGAACGUCAUCAUCACCUACAUGAACGUCAUCAAGAUCAUUGACUUUGGCAGCGCUCAGACUUACAACCCCCUCUUCCUCAAGCAGUUCAGCCCUCCUAUAGGAACACUGGAGUACAUGUCUCCAGAGAUGUUGAAAGGGGAUGUUGUGGGUCCUCCGGCUGACAUCUGGAGCGUGGGCGUGUUGACUUUCAUCAUGUUGAGCGGCAAGUCGCCUUUCAUUGAAAACGAUCCUACGGAGACGGAAGCUAGGAUCCAGGCGGCAAAGUUUGACCUCUCUAAGCUCUAUCAGAAUGUGUCCCAAAGUGCCUCCCUGUUCCUCAAAAAGAUCCUCUGUAGCUACCCGUGGGCCCGUCCCUCCAUUAAGGACUGCUUCAGUAACUCCUGGCUUCAAGAUGCCUACCUGAUGCGCCUUCGCAGGCAGACCCUCACCUUCACAACUACCCGUCUCAAGGAAUUCUUGGCCGACCAGCAGCGCAGGCGAGAGGAGGUGUCCACCAAGCACAAAGUCCUCCUGCGGUCCUACCAGAGCUCGCCGCAAACCCCCACCAGCCCCGCCUCGCCGAAUGUGCCAACUUACCCCACCUCACCCGUCACCCAGUGAAAAAAACACAACAAAAAGGCUUCCAAACACCGGUUGUCCGGACGGCGCAGAGGAACCUUCAAGAGCGAGACGAGACUUUGGGCCGAGAGGCGGGGCGGCCCUGUCAGGUCGGAGUGGUUGAACUUGGGCAGACGGACAAAAUAAAAGGAAAAGAGAUAAACGGUCAAGAAACCAGCAGUGGAUGUGGUCUAAGAAGACGUCACUUCCUCUUCUUUUGUGGUUCUUUUCUCGCUUAAGGGAACCUCUUCUAAUAAAGAGCCUGAGUGGGGUUUUUUUUAUAUGGUGGACCUUGUUCAUACUAGACAGGAUGUCCCCUUUAAAGUUAGUACCUCAAGGUUUGUAACUUUGCAUACAUUUUGGAUAAACUACUACGGGUUUACUGUCAACUCUCCCCAUAUUAGAGGAAAUGCAUUAUUAAUAUCACGCUGCAGUAACCCACCAUGGGAGGCCUAAGACUGCUCUAAUAGAGGUUUGAUGUUGAAAAUCUAUAGUUACCCACAAGAUUGCAAAAUAAUGAAUACUACGCAAUUUCAGAACAAGGGGCGCAGAAACAAUUGGCGUCUUUUCCGCAGCAACACCUCUGAUUUUGAUCUAUAGUUUAAUAUGUAAAUGUUUCCUGAGGUCCAUUCUAACAUACACUCAAUCCAAUCUAUUUGUGCUGAGUUUUGUAGCAUUUCAAUGAUCGUCAAGAUUGUAGCACAUCCGGUAACUUCUUUUGUUCAGAGUUUCAGAGGAUAAAUCGGAAGAUUUUCUACAAGGGCUAAUAGAAAAGGACGCAUGUCCUCCCUAAUGUUACUUAAUAUACCGAUGUCUGGUAAUGAUAAUAGAAAACCAUACUUUUGUUUUAUAAUUCAUUGUUGGAUCAUCCCUUCUGCUCCACAUAGCGAUAUGCACAGCACAAGCGGAUCCACUGUGUUGGUGGUUAGCAGAGGCUUCUUCCUUCACCUCUAGUAGGCUAUCAGCCGGCACGUUGGCGCCUUCGCUCGGCCCAAGGAUCCGCUCCCUCUCCUCUCGGGGUUCACUAGAAGGACGUUUGCUUUUGGUGGAGUGAGUCUGAGGGUUCUGAGAAUGUGAAUACAACACAUGGCCAGAGCUGCAAAGACAUUAUCAAACAUUAUUCUGGGGAGUCAUAGACAAAACGUUUGAACCACAUUAGAAACCAACUGGUGAUACUGGGUUGCCCUCUUUUGCCUUUAACCGGUUGGCAUUAGGCGGCGAACCAUGUUUAUUAAGACAUUGUUGAGUUUAUUUGAUCUUUCUGCUGUAAACGUCAAUUGCUAAUAGCUGUUGCUUUGAAACAUAUUUAUUUAUUUUUUAAAUAAAUAUAUUACAAUCUUGAAAUGGCCGGACUUUUUAUAAAGUAAGUUAAGUAUAAUUAGUUCAAAUUAAAUUAUGAAUAUUUAUGAAUUUAAUCUCUUCAUGAAGCAUCGUGCACCAUUCUGGUUUCCAGCCGAGCGACAACACAGUGAUUGAAACACAAAUUCAAUCAACAUGCAAUAUUGUAGUGUCUGCAAAGCACGUAAAACAUGAAAUCCAAAAUGUUAUGAAUCUAAGACUGUAUUUAUAUUUUAUAUAUGAAUAAUAUAAGCAUUUCCUCUGACUCUGUGCUCUCUAUGUCUAUGGGAAAUAAGGAGGUAUGUCUUAACAAAAAACAGGCCUUGGUUCUUCAUACAGAGAUUGUGAAUGUGACGAUUCAGGCCUGGUUGAUUUGCAAACCAUUAAAUCAUUUUGGGGGUAUUUUUGCUUUUAUGUGACAGCUUUAGAAACGGGGCGAGGAAGACGAGUAUGAACCAAAAGUUGUGUUGUUCCUUUCAUACCCCUUUGCUUGUCAAGGGGCAAAUUCAGUUUUGAGACCAGCAUGUGAAACGAUUGCACAGCUUUUUAAAAUCACUUUUCUGUCACGUGUGUCGAGUACACGCUUCACACACAAAGUGUGUUUGCUAUGACGGAUUGGAUCCUUUUAAGAGAAAUACUGAUGACUUAUCUCCCUUAUGACUGAGAUAGAGGAUCGGUACUUCUAUGGAACUAUUUUAGUACUUCUAUAUAUUGUAAUGCUAUUGCUAGAUAAAUGCUGCCCUUUGACCCUUUCAUAUGCAGAGUGGAAGUUAAUCACAAAGGGAGUUGUUUUCAAUGCAAAUAAAAACACACAAGAUCAGCAUGAGAUUGCAAUUUUGCAUUUAUGUCUGUGCACUAUAUUCUGUUCCUUAAUAAUAUAGUUAUAUUACAACCGUUUGGAAGCAGCCAACAGGGAUGUGGAAAAAAAAGAUGCUGACAGUUCCGCGUUUUGAAUUGAAAUCCUCUGCCGUACUUUGUGGAAUGUGUUGCAGUGCCACGUGAUGGAUAUUCGACCCACAGAGAAAAAAAGUUUAUAUUUUGGUUAUAUGAAUGUGACUGCUUUUGUGUGUGUUUCGCAAAUUGUUUAUUUAUUGAGUGAUUGUGUUUGUUAUAGCUGCUGCUUUUUAUUUUGUGAACUUUCUGAACCUGGCAUGGAAAAUGGCAUGACAGCUGUUAAGGCUAUGAACAAUAAAGGAUGUAUGAAAACAG